AUGAUCAUUGAAAAUCACUUACUACAAUUCUGGCCUUUAGAUAUUACCACACGUAUAAACGUGAUGAUCUCUCAGUUAGAGAUGCUCCUUGCAGCAGAUGGUUUGGAAAAAGCUUGGGUUAGCAGAAGUGUACUUGUCAAAGACCGGAAAGAAAUCCCUCUUGCCAAGGACUUGUAUGUUUCAUUCCAAGACCUGCCUACCACACAUAAAAUUCGAGAACUCACUUCAUCCAGAAUUGGUUUGCUCACACGAAUCAGUGGGCAGGUUGUCCGAACUCACCCAGUUCACCCAGAACUCGUCAGUGGGACUUUCCUGUGCUUGGACUGCCAGACGGUGAUUAAGGAUGUAGAGCAGCAAUUUAAGUAUACACCACCAAACAUCUGCCGAAAUCCAGUUUGUGCCAAUAGGAGGAGAUUCUUGCUAGAUACAAACAAAUCAAGAUUUGUUGAUUUUCAAAAGGUUCGUAUUCAAGAAACCCAAGCUGAGCUUCCUCGAGGGAGUAUCCCGCGCAGUUUGGAAGUGAUCCUGAGGGCUGAAGCCGUGGAGUCAGCUCAAGCUGGUGACAAGUGUGACUUCACAGGGACGCUGAUCGUUGUGCCUGAUGUCUCCAAACUUAGCACGCCAGGAGCACGCGCAGAAACCGAUUCCCGCGUUGGUGGUGUUGACGGCUACGAGACAGAAGGCAUUCGAGGACUCCGGGCCCUCGGUGUCAGAGACCUUUCCUACAGGCUCGUCUUUCUGGCCUGCAGUGUUGCCGCAACCAACCCACGGUUUGGAGGGAAAGAGCUCCGAGAUGAGGAGCAGACGGCUGAGAGCAUUAAGAACCAAAUGACUGUGAAGGAGUGGGCGAAAGUGUUCGAAAUGAGUCAAGAUAAAAAUCUGUAUCACAAUCUGUGUACCAGUCUAUUCCCCACGAUACAUGGCAAUGAUGAAGUAAAACGGGGUGUGCUGCUGAUGCUUUUUGGUGGUGUUCCAAAGACAACAGGGGAAGGGACCUCUCUUCGAGGGGACAUAAAUGUUUGCAUCGUUGGUGACCCAAGUACAGCUAAGAGCCAAUUUCUCAAGCACGUGGAGGAGUUCUGCCCAAGAGCUGUCUACACCAGCGGGAAAGCUUCCAGUGCCGCUGGCUUAACAGCAGCUGUUGUAAGAGAUGAAGAAUCUCACGAGUUUGUCAUUGAGGCUGGAGCAUUGAUGUUGGCUGACAACGGAGUGUGUUGUAUUGAUGAAUUUGAUAAGAUGGAUAUACGGGAUCAAGUUGCUAUUCACGAAGCUAUGGAACAACAGACCAUCUCUAUCACUAAAGCAGGAGUGAAGGUGACACUGAAUGCCAGGACAUCCAUUUUGGCAGCAGCAAAUCCAGUCGGUGGCCACUAUGACAGGGCAAAAUCGUUGAAACAGAACAUCAAUUUGUCGGCCCCCAUCAUGUCCCGAUUUGAUCUCUUCUUUAUACUUGUGGAUGAAUGUAAUGAGGUUACAGAUUAUGCUAUUGCCAGACGAAUAGUCGACUUGCAUUCAAGAAUUGAAGAUUCUGUAGAUCGUGUCUAUUCCCUUGAUGAUAUCAGGAGGUAUCUUCUCUUUGCAAGACAGUUUAAACCCAAGAUUUCUAAGGAGUCAGAGGACUUCAUUGUGGAGCAGUAUAAACGUCUCCACCAGAGGGAUGGUUCUGGAGUGACCAAAUCCGCGUGGAGGAUUACAGUGCGCCAGCUUGAGAGCAUGAUCCGACUCUCGGAAGCCAUGGCCCGGAAGCACUGCUGCGAUGAGGUCCAACCCAAACACGUGAAGGAAGCAUUCCGGUUACUGAAUAAAUCAAUCAUCCGUGUGGAAACGCCUGAUGUCAAUCUAGACCAAGAAGAGGAGACACACAUGGAAGCAGAUGAGGGCCCAGGCCAGGCUGAGAUCCCCACUCCUGUGAAUGGACUCAGCGGUCAUGUGGAGGACAUAAACCAGGAGAGUGUCCCCAAAGCCGCCCUAAGGCUGAAUUUCUCCGAGUACUGCCGAAUCUCUAACCUUAUUGUGCUUCACCUCAGGAAGAUGGAAGAAGAAGAGGAUGAGUCAGCAUUAAAGAGGAGUGAGCUUGUUAACUGGUACUUGAAGGAAAUUGAAUCAGAAAUAGGUUCUGAAGAAGAACUUAUAAAUAAGAAGAGAAUCAUAGAGAAAGUCAUUCAUCGGCUCAUGCACUACGAUCAUGUUCUGAUUGAGCUCACCCAGGCCGGAUUGAAAGGCUCCAGCGAUGGAUGUGAGAGCUAUGAAGAAGAUCCUUACUUGGUAGUCAACCCUAACUACUUGUUGGAAGAUUGAGGCAUUGAAAGUAACCACCCGGACCACGAAGCUCUCUGCCUCCUGGCCCA